UUCCGAACGUUCGAAGUGUUUUUGGUCAUCCUAGUGUUUUCAAUAUCACAAAAUCAUGAAAAUGCAUUUCUCACAUUUUUAAAAACGCACGUGCCUCUGACAAGUAACGGCUAUGGAGUCCAGUUUUAGUCUGUUUUAGGGGGUAUUUCACCAUUUCAAAGUCACAGACUCAUGUUUCACUCAGUUGUAACUUUAUCCAAAUGUGUUACAGAAUGACAUAAAAGUGUAAAAAGUGAAAGAAAAUAAACAUGGUGAACACACCAAUUCCACACAGCCUCAAGUCUGAGGCGAAGAAAGCGGCUAAAAUUUUGAGGGAAUUUACAAUGCCAAGUGCCAGAGCUGGGCCAGAUAAAUUGAUUCCAGCUAGUAUUUUAGCAAAGGCCAAAGGUCUUGCCAUCAUAACUGUUUUCAAGGCUGGUUUUCUCGUGACGGCGCGAGGUGGUAGUGGCGUUGUAAUAGCCAAGCUUGAGGAGGAGGAUGAUCACUAUGAAAAAGGAUGGUCAGCCCCCUCUGCUAUUGGUCUGGCUGGACUUGGUGGAGGUUUUGAAAUUGGAGCCGAGGUCACAGAUUUUGUCAUUAUACUAAACAGCCAAACAGCAGUAGAUGCCUUUUCCAAGGGAGGUAACUUGACGCUGGGAGGAAACUUCACGAUUGCUGCUGGACCUUUGGGAAGGAAUUUGGAAGGAGAUGUCUCAGUCAGGAGUCCGUCAGCCAUCUAUACGUACUCUAAAACUAAAGGUAUUUUUGCUGGAAUCUCCAUAGAAGGCAGUUGCCUGAUUGAAAGAAAAGAUGCCAACAGAAAAUUUUACGGAGAAGACAUCCGUGCAUACCAGAUUCUUUCAGGGGAGGUUGAACCUCCCGAGGAGUGCAUCGCCCUCUAUGAGGUGUUGAGUAACCACCGGAACGAGGCGAUCAGGGCAGGGCUGGCGAUGGUGAAGGACGAGGUGUAUAAACACAGACACACCAUUAAAGACAGAGUCAGUGAGGGACUCUCUUCCAGGUUCCAGAGUUUCCGAUCUGGGGGAGAAAAAGGGAGCCAGAAGGAGGUUGUGAGGUCAUCAAGUACAGUUUCAUCAGUGAAGAUGGGCAGAAACUUCAAAGGAACACAGCAGAAAGAAGUGGUGACUCGUACCACUCGCACCACAGUUCGCACCGCUACAAAAUCAGGUCAUAAUCUCUCACCAGAAAAGUUGUCGAUUGCUGCUGGUGGUGGACUAGGGUCAGUAGAAGUCAUUGCAGAACACGAGUUCAAAGGUCAACUAUCAAGUGACCUCUCUUUUAAACCAGGUGACAAGAUCACAGUGCUUACAAGGACACAAUCUCACUUUGACUGGUGGGAAGGAGCGCUACAUGGGAAAAUUGGAAUAUUUCCUGCUAAUUUUGUUAGAGUCAUUUAAAUGGAUACAGGAGCAGAUGUACAAUUUUUCAAGGGAGGAGGUGCAACUUUAAAAAAGACACAUUCAGUUUUCCAAAUUUCGCCAAAAUGAAUUGCAUUUAGGCUUUUUUCAUCAGAAGCACUCACUUGAUGAACAUACAUCAUUACAUUUAAAUAUAUUUAAAUUAUUUAUAUUUAUUCAUUGAAAACUGAAUUGAUUUGGAACUUCAAAAUGAAGUGCACCCCAGCACCACCCUUGAAGCCAUGUCUGUGAUACCUUUCUUGGUGAUGAUCAAAAAUGGGUUAGCUUCAAAUCCAGCUAAUUGAUACUUGCUGUUAUUAAAUAUUAUAAAAAGCACCUGGUUAUAUUCCUUUAACCAAAAACAGUUAUGGGUCAGAUUUAAAAAAAAAAUGUUUAGUACCAUAAAGUAAAAGGGUUGGGGUAAAAGUUUAGUUCAGUGGUAAAGCAUCCAUUUUGAAUAUAAGAGGCUGUAACAACAAGAAGACUCCAAUUUGUCUUUCGCAUUCCAACCAGUACUUAAUGACUGGUGUAUUCUAUGAUGGUGUACAUGAAAAUGUUUCAUUGCCAAUUUUAAAAGAGUAGUUUGUGUGACAGCAUUGGAUUUUUUAUUUUCUCAGAAUUUUUAUAUAUGCCACAGUUACUAAGGGGCCAUUCAACAAUUCCAUGACACAAAACCAGAUAUCUCCACCCCACCCCCCCCCCCCCCCCACCCCCACUCCUCUCCAAUAAUGCUUUCUAACAUAAUGUAUAUAUAAAUUCCAUAAUCCCCCCUUUUCCCCUCGAAUGUGUUUUUGUUACCGUCCUUUACCAUGUGUUAAGACAUCACUAAAACACAGUAAAAGACAAAAUCAUCUUUCCUAGGAUGGAGAAGCUUUUGUUUUCUAGUCCGGAUAAAAGUAUGGUGGAUUAUCACACACGGCUUAGUUGCCAAUAAACACAUUCAAAAGGAGCAAAAAUCAAACCAGGCUGAGUUGCAAGUAGAAAGCAGCUCUAUUUAAUGUUGUUGGACUCUCUUCUUUUUUUCCCACAACGAAGCAUAUGAAGGCUUGUCAAACAUUGUCUCCCUUGAUUUUCAUUAGCAUUUGUCUUUUUAGUUGAUAUAUUUAUACAUAUUCCAUAUUUUGUGGACUUGACAUGGUUUAUAAUUAUAAUACAUUCUUUUUGUAUAAUUCCUACUGAAUAUAAAAUUUGUAUAUUUCUAUUUUUUGCAAUAAAGUAACUUGAAUGUU